AUGUCCAGUCUUCCUCAGAAUAAUUUGAAGGAGCAGCUAGCGAAACACAGCAAUAUCGCCCAAAGCAGACGUUCUCUAACUAAACCUAAAUUGGGGCCAUUUUCUUUUAAAAGGAAGUCCCCUUCAGGAGUGAGAUUGACAGAAACCUCAAACAAGGUAAACAGUCCAAAUGUUUUUGCAAGCAGGAAUAUUAAUAUCCCUCAGAAAAAUUUGGUGACUCCACCUGUGGGGACGUUUUCAAACAAGUCCACGCCCUCACAAAAGUACAAAAUCAACAACUUUUUCUCAACAAGUUCCAAAUGCAAGUCAGACAUCAACCCAGGUGGCCUUCCAGUCUUUCAGAGUCCCACGUUAUUGCCAUCUUCUGGCAAAAUGUGUCCAUCUCCUCCCAAAUCUGGCACCCCAGUGAAUCUGGACACAUCACUGGGAUUAGAAAUCGAUGACUGGGAUGAUAUGGAUGACUUUGAAAUGCCGAUGAAAAAAAAGAAUAACUCAUUUAAUGGAGACUUAAGCAAGACUGAAAGUGGAUCAUUUGUAGCUGAAGGGAAAACAGAAUCUACAGAGGGGCAAUGUCGACUAAAACUAGAUGAAGCUGAAGUCAUACCUGAUCCGGUUGUAGUUGAGCCAUCUGAGACAGAAUUGGAUGAUUCUCCAAUUAAUACACCAAGAAGACGUCAUCCAGUUAAUCUCAAAUCUGUUGUUAGUGACAGUGAAGAAGAUGAUAAAAAUAUACCUUUCUCCUCAGAAAAUAAAAAAUGGCUUGACCCAAAGUCAGUUCAGUUGAAGGACAACUCUGAGCCUGAAGAUGAUCUCGACUACAUACCACCAUCUCCAGAGAGCUCUUCCAGCAAAUCACCUGUGGAGUUAACAUCCAAGCAAUUAAAAUUUGAAAGCAAUAAUUAUUCGCAGUCCAAAGUGUCCAGCGUGAUCCCUCACCAAGCCUCCAAUGAGCGCUCAACAGACAAGACAAAUGAUCAACUCUUUAGCAUCAUGGAGUCUAUUUGUGCUUUGGUGGAUUCCAUCCCUGAACACGAGCUCAUCGCCUUGUCCUGUGGGAAUGAGCUGCUGUUAAAGAGGGCCCAAAGAAAACGGAUUCUCAUUACUGGUGGUGAUGCCUUGCUAAAGACUCAGCAGCCUGACAGCACUGUGAUAUCUGAACCUAGCUUCAAAGACAAAGCUUCCUCUGAUACAUCCAGCAGCUUUAUACCCACGCUUAAAAGGAAGACCCCUCAGAUCAGCUCUCCUGUCAUAUUUUUGGACUGUGACUCUGAUCACUCUGAUAGCCUUAUUAAAGAAAAACCAAUGCGCUGCCAGGAUGGCCAGAAAUCUGUAGUGGAAAUGGAGAGCAUCUGUGAUUCCCCAUCAAGCUCCAAAACGCAUAACAAGGUCUCCAGUGUUGAGAAAACAAUCAUGGAUGUGGGUUGUGAAGAGCUUUUCUUCUCACCCAAGAAGAAGACAGAGACUUCAACACAGCUCAAAUCCAAUCUACUGGAAAAUUUCACUGUUGCAGAAUACGUGGAGCCUGAUGAAUUUUUUUUGGACAUCGAUGACUGGAAUGACUCUGACUUCCCGGACUACUUCGAUGAACCCCAAAUUCCCGCCGAGCCGCUGAAGAGCCCCGUUCCCAGACCGAUGGCUAUAAAGGAAGGUGGGCUGAGCAAGUCCGUUUGGGAGAAGAAACCCACAGCACCUACACCUGCUCCCAAACCUGCCAAGAUCUUCUCUCCUGAACCAACCUUCCGAAACCCGGCGCACGACCGUUUCCGAGGUUUCAACUUCACCCACUCACAAGAAAUGAUGAAGAUCUUCCACAAGCGCUUUGGUCUCCAUCAGUUUCGGUUCAACCAGCUCGAAGCCAUAAAUGCCGCUGUCCUUGGGGAGGACGAGUUUGUGCUCAUGCCCACAGGUGGUGGUAAAAGUUUGUGCUACCAGCUUCCUGCCUGUCUGUCCCAGGGAGUCACUGUGGUCAUCUCGCCACUAAAAUCGCUUAUUGUGGAUCAAGUCCAGAAGCUCACUUCUCUAGAUAUUCCAGCGACGAGCCUGUCUGGUGAUAAAAGUGACGGCGAAGCAGGAAGAAUAUACAUGCAGCUUUCCAGGAAGGAUCCCAUUAUUAAACUACUAUACGUCACGCCGGAGAAGGUCAGCGCCAGCAACCGUUUGAUCUCGGCUUUACAGAACCUGUACGAGCGAGGCCUUCUUUCUCGCUUCGUCAUCGACGAGGCUCACUGUGUUAGUCAUUGGGGCCAUGACUUCCGUCCAGACUACAAGAGGCUGAAAGAACUUCGUCAGAAGUUCCCAAAAGUGCCCAUGAUGGCCCUGACCGCUACGGCUACCCCCCGCGUGCAGACAGAUAUUUUGCACCAGCUUAACAUGACACGCCCUCAAGUCUUCACCAUGAGCUUUAACCGAGCUAACCUGAAGUACGCCGUACUGCCCAAGAAACCUAAAAAGGUGGACGAGGAUUGCAUCACCUGGAUCAAAAAGCACUACCCACGCGAUUCAGGCAUAGUGUACUGUCUUUCCCGAAAUGACUGCGACAAUAUGGCCGAAAGCCUGCAACGAGCCGGACUGUGUGCGCUGUCUUAUCACGCGGGCUUGAGUGACAAUGACCGAGAAUACGUGCAGUCCAAGUGGAUCAACCAGGACGGCUGCCAGGUCAUUUGCGCCACCAUUGCUUUCGGCAUGGGCAUCGACAAGCCUGACGUGCGCUACGUGAUCCACGCCAGUCUGCCUAAAUCAGUGGAAGGCUACUACCAGGAGUCCGGGAGGGCCGGCAGGGACGGGGAGAUCUCUCACUGCAUUCUGUUUUACAGUUACACCGAUGUGCACCGCAUCAAAAGGAUCAUCAGCAUGGAUCGAGAGGGUGACAAAAACACAAAGGCAACUCACUUUAACAACCUGCAGAGCAUGGUUCAGUUCUGUGAGAACAUGAUGGAAUGCAGGAGAAUUCAGCUGCUGGCAUACUUUGGAGAGAUGAAGUUUAACAGGAGCUUCUGUAAAGAGAACCCUGACGCCAUCUGUGACAACUGUAGCCGGCCAAAUCAAUACAAGAUGAAGAAUGUCACUGAAGAAGUGAAGCAGAUCGUAAGGUUCGUGCAGGAGAACUGCGAGAAGGUCGGAGCCAGGGUUGGCAGGACCGCUAAACAGACUCGCCUGACACUCAACAUGCUGGUGGAUAUUUUCAUUGGUUCUAAAACUGCCAAAAUCCAGACUGGCAUGUUUGGGAUGGGAGGGGCAUAUUCCAAGCACAACGCAGACCGCCUGUUCAAAAAACUGGUGCUGGAAAACAUUCUGAUGGAAGACCUUUACAUUACCAACGGCGGCCAAGCUGUUUCUUACAUCUCUGCGGGACCAAAAGCUCUCAGCGUCCUAUCUGGACAAAUGCAGUUGGACUUCUAUGAGACUGAGAGUGCCUCUAGCUUCAGGAAGAACAAAUCUGCGGUGACAAAGAAGGUCUCGCAAAGGGAUCAGAAGGUUCAGGAGUGUCUGAAGGACCUGGUGGAGCUCUGCAAGCAGCUGGGAAAAACCUUUGGCAUUCACUAUUACAACAUCUUCUCCACUGGCACCUUGAAAAAGUUAUCUGAGAGGUUGUCUUCCGACCCAGAGGUUCUUUUACAAAUCGAUGGUGUGACUGAGGACAAACUGGAGAAGUACGGCGGCGAGGUGAUCCAGGUCUUAGAAAAGUACUCGGAGUGGCAAAAUCCUGUCGAACAACAGGAUGAAGGUGUAGAAGACGGCUGGAUCGACACAACGCGAGGUCGCUUCACUGACGACAACGGGGACGAUGAGUCCUCCACUUAUUUUCGAAGCCAAGGCGCACAGGGGCAGAAGAGGAAGAAAAUGCCCUUCUUCAAAUACAAUAAAAAGAGAAAAGGAUACGCAGGCGCCAGUUCAGCAGGACGAGGCUACAGCAGCAAUAAAUCGUGGUCCUCGAGAGGGGGAGGCAGAGGCGGAAAUCAGUCUGCCGGACGAGGGUCCCGAGGUGCGACGACGGGUGACUCGUCGACAACAAGAACGCCGGGACUCAUGGCGCUGCCGAAGCCUCAAAGUCAGAGACCUUUUCUCAAGCCGUCUUUUUCUCACAUUUAG